UGAUUUCCAGGUAGUAAGCCUACCUAGUACAGAAGACACGUGCACCGCCAGGGCUGUGUAUAAUCGGGAAGAUACUUACGUAAAAUUGAAAAAUAUUAAGUAAAUUUUGUAGACUUUGUCAAAUUUUGUUUCAGCAAUAUGUCAACUCGUAUUUGUGCUAUUGCCGCCUGCUGUGAAGGCGGAGGCAUAGGAAAAAACGGCGAUUUACCAUGGAGGCUGAGGAAAGAACUGCAAUACUUCGGGCGCAUGACGUGUCGGGUCUCGCAAGAAGGCCGCCAGAAUGCGGUGCUGAUGGGCCGCAAGACCUGGGACUCCAUGCCUGCCAAGAUGAAGCCCUUGCGUCACCGCAUCAAUUACGUGCUUACCAAGUCUGAUCUGACUCUGCCAGGUGCAAUCACGUGUAAAUCUCUGGAAGAAGCUUUGAGCGACUUCGAGAAGAGAGGUGACGCUGUCGAGACGUUUUGGGUGAUCGGGGGCCACGCAGCGUACGAGCUGGCAUUUGCAAGCGCGUCGUUCUACCGUCUCUACUUGACCCGCAUCCACGCCAGCUACGACUGUGAUGCCUUCCUGCCCGCCAUCCCUGUUGAUCUCACGAGCGUCAGUGACCCUGAUGUAAGCUCCGAAGUGCAGGAAGAAAAUGGUAUAAAGUAUCAUUUCGAAGUUUUGGAAAGGCCUGCCGUUUUCGGUGCAAAGCAAUAAGCUCUGAGACGGGCUCUUCUCUUCGGCAUAUUUGACGUUCUUCCAGCACAACAGUGUGGCGGGGAUCGGAACUGAGCAUUUAGUUUCACUAUUGACCAGCUCUACGGUCAUGAUGAAUUAGUUUCAUUUAACGCAUAUUGGAAUAAAAAGUCACUCGUCUAAUUAAGACAUGAUUUAGAUCAAAAUAAAGGCGCGCGAAACGUCUCUCAACUUCAUAAAUCGUCUCUGGACAAUUGUAUUUAGACUAGGUGAGUAUUGUAUUGUAUUUAGACUAGACUCUAAAUACUCCACUAGGAGUGGAGUAUUUAGACUAUGAAUGUAAUAGAGGAUUGUUUGUCCCUGCAACACUAACUGUAAAAUCUUUUUGCAUCCAUCAAAUUCACGGAUGAUUAAGCAGUUACAAAGUGUUGCAUUAUCCCAUUUCAUCAACUAAAUUUGCGCAAGCUUCUCGUGAAACUGUUAUUCAUAAGAAAAUUAACUAGA